AUGCAUCUGUUUGGUGUUGCCUGUGUCAUGUGCUCGCGACGUCACGACUCGGCGAACCGGGCUUGUCGGCCUGUUAACAUGUCGUCCGGCGGUCUGCAAAGGGCCGGUUUCAUUUGGCCCCCAGCUCGGCCGGAGUGGCUGAACAAUCCGAUUGAGAUGUUUAUUUUGCUUACCUGGACACGGUGGAGACUACUUUUUGUCCCGUCCCGUCGGUUGCUUCGUCUAUCAAGCACCAUUGCAACACCACCCCAUCACACGGCCACUAUCUUCUUGUGCCUUUCUUCCUCUUUCUCUCGCUUUUUUCCUCUUGCUCUCUCGCUCAUACUUUUAUUAUCUACAUCUUGUCUUGUCAACCGAUGCAGACUCGGAGGUAGAGACCAAAAAAUAAGUCUUAUCUCCAUUUUGAUUUAUCUCCACAAUUUGGCUGUUCGAGCAGCCGAUGCCUUUCGAGCCCGGCGCGCAAAUAAACACCGCCAGCAUCGGCCCGUUUUGGCCACGAUGCCUCGGGCCUGGCCCAACCUGAUACUCGCUCACACACACACACACACACACACACAACUUGUUACAGGUUGCCGAGCGUUUUGA